AAAAUGUCCAUCCCUUUGCAAUUUCCUCAAUCAGCAAAACAUUGUGGCUGAAGAACAAGUCUCGUUGAGUGGGAAGUGAUCAUCCAACCCGUUUUUCUUCACUCUGCAUCAUCAUAUCCAUUCAAUUGCCCUACAGAUUCUUCAUCCACUUCGAUACGGAACUACCUAGCUUCUAUCCACUCAGGGUUCCCCACUCGACGUCACUCUCCAAUCGGUGGUCGGAACCGUCCCGAUCGUGACUCGGCCUAGUCUCGUCAACUAACGCAUGGUCCAAUUACCCGAACUGCGCCAUCGAAAUAUGUCCCUCCAGUAGUCCGCUCCCGGUUCUCUUUUUUCUCUUCUUUUGCCCCUCAUACUUCACCCACAGGUGAUGGCUACACCUUCUGCAGUUCGUCUUUUGGCCAUCCGGCCGGUGAUAUUCGGUUUUGCAAAAUUGUUGAUGCUUGCUUUGGGCGGCCUUCCCCUAGUCUCUGCCGCUCCCGCGACCUAUAUUGCUUACUCCGAAGAGAGCCCGAAGGCUCCUAGUGAUCCGAACUUAUGGCUGUAUCUCGGGGUUGCCGCCAUCCUCGUUGUGAGCGGUGGUGCAUUUGCUGGUUUAACCAUUGCGUUGAUGGGCCAGGAUGAGGUGUAUCUACAGGUCAUCAAAACCUCCGGUGAAGACUCUGAGCGAAAAAAUGCAGAAAGUGUGCUCAGACUGUUAAAGCGAGGGAAGCAUUGGGUAUUGGUCACUCUUCUGCUCAGUAAUGUGAUCACAAAUGAAACCCUUCCCAUUGUCCUAGACCGUUCACUAGGAGGAGGUUGGCCGGCUGUUCUUGGCAGUACAGUCUUGAUUGUCAUUUUCGGUGAAGUCGUCCCCCAGUCGAUAUGCGUUCGCUACGGUCUUCCUAUCGGUGCUUGGAUGGCUCCUUGCGUCCUGGCCCUCAUGUACAUUAUGGCUCCAGUCGCAUGGCCUGUAGCGAAACUUCUUGAUAGGCUGUUGGGCGAGGAUCAUGGAACGAUCUAUAAAAAGGCUGGAUUAAAAACACUAGUGACCCUGCAUAAAACCCUGGGUGAGGCGGGCGAACAGCUCAACUCCGAUGAGGUCACAAUCAUUAGUGCCGUUCUGGAUUUGAAAGAUAAGCCGGUUGGUAGCAUUAUGACUCCAAUGGACGACGUUUUCACUAUGUCUGCGGACACCGUUCUGGACGAAGACACGAUGGAUUUGAUACUCUCCCAAGGUUAUUCCCGCAUACCGAUUCAUGCGCCAGAUAAUCGUACAAAUUUUGUUGGCAUGCUUCUGGUUAAGAUGCUGAUAACAUACGACCCCGAGGACUGUAGGCGAGUACGAGAGUUUGCAUUGGCAACUCUACCCGAGACUCGCCCGGAAACAAGCUGCUUGGAUAUCGUCAAUUUUUUCCAGGAAGGAAAGUCCCACAUGGUCCUGGUGUCCGAAUACCCCGGUGAAGACCGCGGUGCCUUGGGUGUUGUUACUCUGGAAGACGUGAUUGAGGAGCUUAUUGGCGAGGAAAUCGUUGACGAAUCGGAUGUCUUUAUUGAUGUUCAUAAGGCGAUAAGGCGCAUGACGCCUGCACCCAUUAAAUCCCGGGUUCCUAAGGGCCAGAUUGUGGAAGAACCUCCUUCUUUGCCCCCUCAGAAGACUGGUACUUUGGUGGAUGUAGAUGGCGAACCUCAAACCUCCAAACCCCCUGCGAACGUUCGGCGUCGAAGCUCAGUAGAACCACCACUGCCGCGUUUCCAGCUUCGGAUGCCACAGUCGGAUAGGAACUCAGAUUCUACAGAUGGCCUAGUGACCAAACGAGGAACCACGGACGAAAUCCGUGAACACUUGAAGCAUCUCGGGCCUUCGAAUUUAGCCAGUCGACCGCGUCAAACCCGGUACCAGAAUGUUAAGAUAAAGCGGGCUAGCGUCUCGCCGACUCGGUCUGCGCAAACCGACAUGGACUCUGGUCAUAGUACGUCUGGCUCCCAGGCCCUGCGCCCCAUGUCGACCGCCUUACCCGGUGGGAUUGGCGAGGGACUAGUCCAGCCGGGGCUAGAUGCAAGAGAUGGCGCAUACGCUGUUCGUGUAGGUUACGGUACCAUGACCGGACCUAAGCCCGCCGAUGCUGGGACCCAAACAACAGGGAAGGACGUCUCAAUCCCAGAAGCGGUUCACGAAGAACAAGACGACCCACCUCGUCCAUCUGGCAGUGCUGCAAUCAGUGUUAAAUCCGAAAGCUCGAACUCGCAGAGGUUUAAACCGACCAGCUACCAGCAUCAAGGUCCUGCGCGUAGUGGCAGUAUCACGGAGCAUGUGGUUGAUGUCAACGGGAUCCGCAAAGUGGUUCUCCACACAACCAGCACCAGUUCAUCUGAUCACGAGGGACGUGCAUCACCUAAAAGCAAAUUUCCAACUCAACGGAAUGGUGAGGUUGUCGAUCUGAAUGGUCAUAAGUCCGACGGCACUCAAGGCGAUGUGACUAAAAAACGUCGUCGUCGGCGCAAGCGUGGGCAAGCAUCAAAGCACUCGGACAACCAUGUGGACGAGGCAUCGCCACUUCUGCCACAAUGACAACGCUUUCGUGCCUCCUCUGCCGGACAGAGAUGUUCAAACUGCCCUUUUGUUUUUAAAGAAGCGUCGCGCAGUGUAUAUUGAACUGCCUGUUACUUUUAUUGUAUGCUUGUUGGAGAAAUAGUAGUUUCUUUCGUGGUGUAUCAUUUUACCCAUUGUCCCUGUCGUACAGAACGGUCUGUGUCACCACAGCUUACAGUUCAUCUAUCCUUAUCUCAUGUGUGUAAACUUCAAAAGACUGACUGCAGUAUUCAAUAUGACCACUAUAGUUAUGAAACACCAUUUCCCAUCCGCGAUCAUCAAAGUACAGGGAAAACAGAGCGAUCGAAAAGUCUCCUAAUUUAUCACCAUAUACAGUCACAUAGGCUUUACUAAAAACUCCAUUAGCUGAGCCAAGGC